CACCGAAGUUCCGAAGCAUUGGUCGGUGUCAACCUGAGUGCGUCGUUUAUACACAAAGCAGCAUCUACACCAUGCCUUCGAUGACACAUCCGAAACCUGCUUGUCUGUCUUCAAAAGACUACGGCACAGUCGACAAGCGCCAGCAAAAUGAAUCUCCGAGCGCACCGAAUCCUUUGCACGUCGGCAUGGUUGUGGACGACGAAAAGAUGCUUCUGAAGCACCAGCAGACGUCCGUGAGCCCCGCUGUAGUGCCACGACACUACGAGUCCAUCGUCAACGCUGGCUCGUCCAUCAUCUACUGCUCCGCCCGGGGCGACCCCGAUGAGCCCGGCGCUGGACAGCCAUCCAUACACAUGCCCGUCAACUCCGGCUCGCAGGCGAGCAACGAGGAGCACUGCCACUCUCCGGACGGUGUCGAGGUGGACCACCUGGCGCGUAAGAAGCUCAUCUUCGCCAGCGUCCUGUGCCUCCUCUUUAUGAUCCUCGAAAUCGUGGGUGGUCUUUUGGCCAACAGCUUGGCGGUGGCUACCGACGCGGCGCAUCUGCUCACCGACUUUGCCAGCUUCAUGAUCAGCCUCUUCUCCAUCUGGCUGGCCCACCGGCCACCCACCAAGCGAAUGAGCUUCGGCUGGUAUCGAGCGGAGGUGAUCGGUGCGGUGACGUCGGUGCUGCUCAUCUGGGUGGUGACCGGCAUUCUCGUCUACAUGGCCGUCCAGCGGAUAGUCCAGCAGGAGUACGAGAUAAACGCCACCAUCAUGCUCAUCACUGCCGGCAUCGGGAUACUCGUCAACAUCAUAAUGGGCGUGGCGCUGCAAGUGGGCGGCGUGCCACACGGCCACUCGCACGGCGUGCACCACGCAGGUGACGACGAAGACGCGCACCUGAAGGACACCUCCAACGGAGUCGCGGUCAUCGAGAACGGCGGCUCGCGUCCCCACAGCGGCAGGGCGCGCGGCUCGGGCAACAUCAACGUCCGCGCGGCGCUCAUCCACGUCAUCGGCGACUUCCUGCAGAGCCUUGGAGUCUUCGUGGCUGCACUCAUUAUCUUCUUCAGGCCCGACUAUCGCAUCGCAGACCCGCUGUGCACUUUCCUGUUUUCGGUGCUGGUGCUGCUGUCGACGAUCACGAUCCUGCGCGAAGCCCUGACCGUGCUGAUGGAAGGCAAGCCGAGCAGCAUCGACUUCCGCCAGGUGCUCGCGCUCCUCGCGCAGCAGCCCGGGGUGCACAUGGUGCACAACCUGCGCAUCUGGGCCCUGUCCAUGGACAAAAUCGCUCUGUCCGCGCACAUUGUCAUCCGGCCAAACGAGGACGCCAUGCAGGUGCUCAAGUCGUGCUCACGCAUGAUCCGUUCCAAUUACGACAUCUUCGAACUGACACUUCAGAUCGAGGAGUACCACGAGGUUAUGGAUGACUGCGCCAAGUGCAACGACCUCAGGAACUGAAGGCAUGCACUACUACAAGCUACCAAAAUCCGGACAUUCCUGGAUUUCCCCCUAAUGCCUCUUUUGCGGGCAGCGAUCAAAGAUAUGUGUCGACGAAGCUAGAUGGCAAAGAUAGCGCGGCUAGUCGAAGUGCCAGAUAAGAUGGAAAGUGCGAACUGAAAAGGAUGUUCACAAAGUUCAGCGUGGCUAGCGCAGUGUUUAAAAACUUUAACUAAUUCUUUUUUUUUCAUUGAAGCAAUGUUUGAUAAAUCAUCUAUGUUAUCUCGUUUAAUUCUCGCACUCAUUCUAGUCUCUACACUGAGUUUAAUAUCUGAGAUAAGCAAUAAAGGUUGGCUACACUGAAUGGUACUCAUCGCGAUAACCUGGACGCGGUGAUAAUAGGUAAACCUGCAAGGCAGCUGGAAUGAAACAGAAAUGGUGCGCGAUGAAAGCUACGUGAGGAACGCGCUAAAUGGUGCUCAUCGUGUACUUAGAGUUGUUUCGCAAAGCUAAAGUUUUACUAGACAUAUCAGUCUGUUUUCUCUGUCCUUCUCUUGAUAAGCUUUAGUUAAGAAAAUGUCUGUUCUUUGUUUUGAUCGGGUUUCUCAGGCCAGUGGUGUCACAAACGAAGGCAGUAUGCAGAGGCUGUCGCAUUAAUUUGACACUGCAUUUUGUAGCUGUUAUAAAAUUUUUGAUGUGAUCGAACGUUGUUUGCCUCGCGCGCGGCGGUUGUGUAUGAUCAUAACAGCUGAGUUUUUAUCAGUUGUCCUUUAUAGUAAUUACGAUCAGUGUGCUUCAUGGCUUGCCUUGAAAGGUCAUCUUAAUCGCUUAAUCGCGUCAGCGUGUGAUAAAUCCGAACUGUGUCUCGGUGAGUGUUGACUUGAACUUGCUUGUAAGACACACGAGAUCAAGGUGUUGGUUGAGUUUUCCACCCACCUGUACUUACCAAAGACAGUUGAAGUGACUUUGCGUGGCACAACUUGGACAGGUAUUUUUUUAUAUAAAAUGAGAGUAAGGCAGUCCGUAGCUUGAGUUAAAGACAAAAUUACAAGGUUUUGCCAGCCGUAGAAACUGCCACAGUAGAAACCAGGCUUCGCCGUACGCUACACGCUGCAUUGUGGCACCACACAAAAACAACAGUGCAGCUUUGGUCACACAAUUCACAUCUACCUUUUCUUUCUUUCCAAUAAAAAGCAAUGCUUAGCGUACUUAAUGACCUUGAGCAGUAUUGUAUUUGUAAGUUUGAAUGAUAGAAAUAUUUAGUACACAACAAACACGAGGCGCAAGGCAAUUGUAGUCUACAGAUAAUUACUGUUUUAUUAUCUGAUCUAGCGCGUAAGAUGCAUAGUAAAUGUGGUCACUUCCACCAUUGUCGAAUUUGUUGCUCGUCGUUCCGUUUGCUGAAAAGUCUGAUCCUACCUUUUUCGUGACAAUUAUUUUUUGUUGUUGUUUUUACGAAGUUCAUUUCGUUGUCCGACUACGAAUCUGCAUUCCUUUCACUAGCUUCUAGAGCUUGUAUUGUAUAGGCAAGCAGUGUGAUAUCAAGCCUCCAGACGAGUCCCUCGUCACAAUUGAUCUCGUAUUUCUGCGCUGACCUUGAAAGUAGGGAGUGCUUGUUCACCAUUUAUAUGAACUUUUUAUCUCUUUGUAGCACCUGAAAUGACGUCACUACUUAGGGCGAUGAUGCUUUAUCGCAGACGUGUAGUUUGUUUCCACAUCAUGGGCCACUUGAAACCAACAGAAAUGGAGCUAUAUUGUUCGGUACAUGCAUUAUUGUGUGUCUACUGUCAACUUAAUAGCGCUGGUUCGCGUACGACUGUCGGCUGUGAGCACGUCGGCCACUGAACUGUGAUGGUGCCUUGGACGUUUAUUGUUCACUUGUUACGCCACUGCAAAUUAUUUUAAUCAAUGCAAGAACAUGCCUCUCGUCACUAUGCUUCAAAGGCGGCAUCUUGUAUAUAUCCGCCAUGUUUACAUUCUGUAUCCUUGUAAAUAACUCGAUAUAAAGGUGUUUUCUUUCAUCUU